CGCUGUAAUCAUGGACUGGAAUGACGUGUGGAUACCAGUGAACAUCCAGACUGGUAUCCUAGGACUCCUGAUCUUCACCGUGCUCGUCUGGUUUCUCCGCCGGCCGAAGAAGCUUCCUCCCGGCCCAUGGAGCUGGCCGCUGCUCGGUGCUUUACCCCAGUUGGCGAUGAUCGAGGGACCAGCCUAUAAGACCUUAACUAAGAUGGGUCAAAGGUUCGGCCCUGUGUUUAGCUUCAACAUCUUCAACCAGCUAGUUGUAGUUUUGCAGGACUAUGACGUUAUCAAGACAGCUCUGGAUCAAAACGCCCUCAGCGGGCGACCUUCAUUUGAAAUCAGUCAGCUGACGAUGCCCGGAAAAGGUGUCUUGAGUGCCUCCGGUGAACCCUGGUUGGAACUCAGGAAAUUUUCAUCAACAGUGCUUCGGAAAUUAGGAAUGGGGAAAUCCACCUUCGAACAGCAGAUUGCUACGGAGGCAACGUAUCUUCUAGAGGAGGUGCGAAAACAAGGGGACGAGAGUUUUGAUCCACGGAAUGUGAUCGAGAAUGCUGUUGCCAAUGUCAUUUGCUACCUGGUGUUUGGUAACAGAUUUGAAUACACCGACGAGCGGUUUAGGAGGCUUAUUGAUGCUAUAAAUAAGUCACUCGAGAACGGUGGUGUUGCAGGGGUGGUAGAAUUCCUUCCAAUCAUUUCCAAGCUAACCUUCCUUCCAGUCGUGAAGAGGCACAUCGAUAACAACCUGGCUUUCCAGAGGAUGAUGGGGGAUCUGCUGCGAGACCACGAGGAAGGCUACCAGCGCGGGAUCUCGCGUGAUUUCACCGACGCCUUUCGCAACGCCAUGGCGGAGAAAGAACACACGGGGGAGCAGACCUACUUGACACCGAACAACCUCUUCUACUCGGUAUCUGAGUUGUUUGGCGCUGGAAUGGAGACUACGACCAGCACCUUGCGCUGGGCUCUACUGUACAUGAUCGCCUACCCUGAAACACAGACCCGUGUCCAACAAGAAAUGGACAGAGUUGUGGGUCGCAACAGGCUACCUAGAUACACGGAUAGACCCAGUCUACCGUACACUCAGGCGGUACUCUGCGAGGUUCAGCGAGAACUCAUCGUACCCUACGCACUACCUCAUAAAUGCACUGAGGAUACGACUCUGUCCGGUUACCAUAUUCCAGAGGGCGCCAUCAUCCUAAUCAACCUGUGGCACAUUCUGCAUGACGCGGACGAAUGGGAAGAUCCGAUGCAGUUUCGGCCGGAGCGAUUCCUCGACAGCGAGGGCAGGUUGCUCCGCCGGGAAAAAUUCAUUCCCUUUGGAUUAGGUCGCCGGGUCUGCCUGGGCAAACACUUGGCCAAGAUGGAACUCUUCAUCGUGUUCACGUCACUCCUGCAUCAGUUCACUUUCAAGCCGCCAGAGGGCGUCGUUGCGUCCUUGGAUGCCAACGAUGGAGGCAUUACGCAUGCGCCGGUUGCUUACACAUUGAUCGCUGCACCACGAGACUAAAGCACUGAUCUUCAUGUUCAAAAAAUGUUCUAAAUAUCUUUAAAAAAGUAUUAACAACUCCUAAUUUCAACACAAUCUUUGCCUAUUUUAUUAAUGUAUACAGUUUUGAAUUAUAAAAAUUCGUUUGUGACUUAAAAAAGUGUUAUAUUCUGUUCAGAUUUUUUUUCGGGGGUGGUUUGGUGGGAGUGGUUGUACCUGUAUAACCACUCAAAAUUAUUUGAAUUGAGAGAUUUGGAAACAGCGUGUACAUGCAGUGCGCAAUGGUUAGUGAGCUUCCCAGAUAUUUAAACAUGUACAAAAUGGACUAAAGAAUACAAACCAUUUGCGAAGCUGUGGUUAUGCAAACGGCUACGGGUCAUCGCAAUGGACCCCUUUCUUCAUCCAAAAUUAAACAUCACAGGCAAAAAGUAAAAAAAAAAAUUGGGAAUGCAAGUUUACUAAAUUCCUUAAAACAGAUGAAAGUUAUUACAUUAACAGAAAUUUAUCUUAUUAUGAAAGGAACAAUCCUUUCCGGCAUAACAGACAGACAUGCAGACAGACACACACAUAUACACAGAGAUUCCCGGAUUUAUAGUUAGAUUUUACAAUGUCAGUGAACUAUAAACAGAAUUUAAAUAUUCAAAAAAAAAAAUGAAAAGGCUAAAGUUCCUAAAUUUAUUCUCCGAUUGAAGACUUUUGAGACGUUGGUGGCAGCAAACACAGGUCCUUUUUUCCCCAUUGUUUGUGUUAUAUUGAGCAUGCAUGAUUUAGCUUAAACAUGACGUAAACAAUAGACCUUUCUGCGCGUGGUUGGCAAACUGCAUUUUUGCCAGUCACGGCCUGCAAAACUAUGGAAGGUCCA